GGGAGAGACGAACGCCGCCGCCGCUGCCGCCGCCGGGGCGCCCUUCUUCUGCCGCGUCUCCGAGGAGCAGCACGGCCGCCUCCUCCUGGGAUCGCCUCUCCGGACAAAGACUGCGACUGAAAAGCAGCAGGAUGAGCAACAAACCGCUGAGAGGGACGCUCCAGAGCCUGCAAUGCCACUUCACCUGGCACUUCGAGGUCAAGGACAAGGUGGACGUGGUGCACAUCCUGAAGACGCUGGCUCUCCAGGUGGAACACACCGUGUACCCUAACCGCAGCACCUACAUUGCCAUGAAGGCGUACCUGCACUACCUGCAAGGGCACUAUGACAAGGCUCUGCACAGCCUCCGGGAAGCAGAGGAGGUGCUCAGACAGGACCAUCUGACCAGCUUCUCCCGCCAGGCCUUGGUGGCGUACGGGAACUACGCCUGGAUUUACUAUCACCUGAACAAUUACCACAUGGUGGAGCUGUACCUGGGCAGGAUUCAUGAGAUCUGCCAGUCCCUGUCCAGCUCUGAGCCGUAUUCUGUUCUGAUCCCUGAAAUCCAUGCCCAGAAAGGCUGGUGCCUCCUGGCCGGGGGUUUCCGGAAUGGGAUGGAGGCCACGGAGUGCUUCCGAAUGGCCCUGGAAGGAGAUGCGUCCAAUGAGGAAUACCAGGCAGGUCUGGCCUUCUCCGUCUUCGCUUCCUGGACUCACUCAUGGAGUGAUUUUGACAAGGCAGAGGCUCAAAGAUUGCUGGGAGAGGUCACUGAUUGCCAGUCCCAAAAUGCUGAAGCCAAAGUGUAUUUGGCGAGAUUGCUUCAAUAUACAGAUCUGGAGAGAGCACGCCGCCUCGCUGAGGAUGCUGUCCAGAACAGCCGCAACCCAGAAGUCUUGAGAAUUGCCGCCAAGGUUUAUCAGACGCAAUCCCUGUCCCAAGCCAUCUCCAUCUUGAAGCAGGGCAUCGACCUGGCUCCCAGCUACCACCUCCUUCACUAUGACCUCGGCCUCUGCUAUAUGAAACUGAUGGAGACAGCGCCACCGGAAGAGAGAGAGGAAAUGGUUGCAGCUGCGAUCAAGAGCUUCAAACUUUGUCUGGAAGCAGAUCCUCCAUCGGUGUUUGCCCGGUUGAAGUUGGCUAAAAUGUAUGGAGAAAGGUCCCCUGCUUACGAGGAAGAGAUUUAUCUGAACCUGAUGGAGGAACUCCCGAGUCUCAGCAAGCGAUGCCAGCAGGCCGUCUACCUGCACUGGGGGGACUUCCUCCUCCACAAGAAGGGGCUGACCCACAUGACACUGGAGAUGUACAAGGCGUGCUUCAGAGUCCCAGGGGACCAUCCGGCAGAGUGGAAGCAGCUGCUGAUAAGACUGAGGGAGCUGGCAAGGAGGUUCCAGGAAGACUUUGAAGUGGACCAAGCUGAGGCGGUCUACAGCUUGCUUCAAGAAAUGCGAUUUAAGGGUCCCGGUCAUAAUAGGGGGAGGGGCCUACACAGCACGGGAGCUGUAUUGUAACUUUCUUGUGUUUAUGUUUUUAUGGCUUUUAACAUUUUAACUGUUCUUAUGUAUUUUAUUGUUGUAAGAUGCCUUGUGAGAGCUUCUGCCCUGAAAGGUGGCCAAGAAAUGUUUUAAAUAAACAUUAUGAUUAUUAUGAUUA